CCGUUGAGCCUGUUAAUUUUACCUAAAAGUGCCUCCAGUCCCAGAAAUAUCUCCCGAACGUUCCAGAAAUUUCAAAUUCAGCCCCACUCCCCCAAUAUAUGUACUACUCCUUUAUUCUCUGUUCAUAUCUUUAUCAAGCAAACUAAUCUUCAGCUGCAAACAAGUUUUUGAAAGCUCACGUUUCUUGCAAUUGGAUUUUCAAAUGGAUGGCCCAUUUUUCAGAAACAACCCCUGGUACCAACAACCCAAUUCAUUUCGCGGUGUGCCCGUUUACCAAGUCGACCCGGACCUGGAAACCCAUCUUCCCGGUCGUCCCAUCAAACGCUCGCCUGGAGGAAGUUCAGGCCCGAAAGUUGUUCGGGUUCCUGUUCACUUUGUGGGGUCCGAAGGAGUUGACCGCUCGGGGUCUGCGUUGAAGAUACAGAAGGUUUUCAGGGGGUUUUUGGUCCGGAAAUGGUUGAAGAAGAUCAGGGAUAUUAAGGUUGAGGUGGAUGAGAUUGAGGGAAGGUUGUCGAAGAGUGAAGUGAUGGAGUUGGUGGGUAGGGACGAGAGGGAGCGUCUGAGGAUGAAUGAGAGUUUGAUGUCUCUGUUGUUUAAACUGGACUCGAUCUGCGGGGUGGAUUCUGGGGUCAGGGUAUACAGGAAGGCCGUGAUUCGAAAGGCGAUUGCUCUGCAGGAAAGGAUUGAUGCUACUGUUGCUAUUGAUUUGGAUUGCAAUGAUGGUGAAGAAGCCCUUGAUGAAGUAAGGUUUUCUGUGGGAAGUAGUAGUAGUAGCUCGAUUGAUUGGGUCGAAAAUGAUGGAAAUGGGGAGGGUUGUGUUGGAGAAGGAGAUAAGAAGAUUAUGGAAGGUGCUGAGGGGGGGAAUGAUAGGGAAGUUAAGAUUAUAGAUGCGGAGGUGGAGCAUGCGGUGAAGGUGAGUGAAUCAAGUUGUGUUGCGGAGAAUCUUGAUUUGUUGCCUGAGUCGGGAGGUAUCAUCCGGGUUGGGGAUAGAGCCAAGGAUGGAAAUGAGAGUAGAAGAGAUAGAGAGGUGUUGGAGCGGAUGGUGGAGAGCAAUGAGAAGAUGGUGAGGAUGAUGAGGGAGUUGUUUGAGCGGAAUGAGGCGCAGACAAGAAUGCUAAAUGCGUUAACACAGCGGGUGGAGUUGUUGGAGAAGGCUUUUGUGUGUGAUAUGAUGUUGAGGAAGAAGAAGAGGAGGAUGAGGAUGAGGAAGAAAGGCGAGUGUCGAGACAAGUGAUUGAAGAAGAAGUAGUGCGUGUCUUAGGUUUGAUUCUGACUAAAUCACUUUUGAUGAUGUAGUUGUGAAGAUGGAAUUGUUCACUCUUCUAACUCAUUGGGAAGCUUGUUGUUGGCGAGCUGAUGGUUUCAAUUUUGGGGAGUCAUCUUUUUGUAUAAACAUUUUUCUUGGUCAUAAAUGUUUUAAAUGGUUGGAAUCUCUU